CAGAAGUUAAUUUCCUAAGUUGAAGUCGGAAGAAGUGAUGUGCGAAUGGAAUCAAUUCCAGAAACUGACAAGCAGGAGCUUCCUGUUGGACCCCGAAUCCUUUUGGCUGCUUCUGGAAGUGUCGCAGCUAUUAAGUUUGAAAACCUUUGUCGCACUUUCAUGGAAUGGGGAGAAGUUAGGGCAGUUGUCACCAAGUCCUCUUUGCAUUUCAUAGACAAAUCUGCACUUCCAAGUAGUGUUAUUCUUUAUACAGAUGAUGAUGAAUGGUCGAGCUGGAAAAAGAUUGGUGAUGAUGUAUUGCACAUUGAGCUUAGGAAAUGGGCUGACAUCCUUGUCAUUGCUCCGCUAUCAGCAAAUACACUUGCCAAGAUUGCUGGAGGAUUGUGCGAUAAUUUGUUAACCUGUAUUGUGAGAGCUUGGGAUUUCAGCAAGCCGUUAUAUGUUGCCCCUGCCAUGAACACCUCCAUGUUGAACAAUCCCUUUACCAGGCGCCAUCUAAACACCAUUGGUGAGCUUGGUGCGUCUCUUCUUCCUCCCAUCACCAAGCUUGCUUGCGGCGAUUAUGGCAAUGGCGCAAUGGCCGAACCUUCUCUGAUCUAUAAUACAGUAAGGCUCUCUUUCAAUACACCUUUAGAAAAUAGUUGUAGCAGCCAAGAUCAGAGCAUCUGAAGCAUUUAAAUCACAUUGUAAUUACAUAUGGAGAUGUAGUUUUUAUGAAGUAAAAAGCCAAUCAUCUUUGGUUUUGUUUGUUUGUAAGAAUGGCAGCUUAGUUUGUGUGACAAGUUUCCUUUUGUUUCUGCACUAAAACCAAUUUAUGAUGGGAAUCUAGCUCUUAGAGUCAUUUUGGGUACUUUUAUGGUCAGUUUUAUUGUGUUUUUGCUAAUGUGUCCUAAUAUUGUGAUGUAGUUUUCUUUAUUAUUUUUCUGAUGUGUUGAAACUA